UCAUCCACCCCGCUAUAAUAAACACACGAUUGCCGAGGUUGCAUGUCAGCAGUGGGGUGAGGAGGAGGGAGAAGGUGGGAGAGAGAUGGGGCUACACAGCCUGCCGAGCGCCGCCGAGGCCUUCUUUCCCUUCGCGCUGCUGGCUUACGCUUUGCUCCCGGUGGCGCUGCUGGUGAACGGGGUCAGAUGGGCGGUGGUUCGAAUGAUCGGAUUAGGCGGUGGCGGUGAUGGGGAAGAGGAGCGCAUGCCAGACGUCGGAGCACGCGUCGUGGUGUGGAGGCACGAGGGUGGCGUCGACGACGGAGAGUGCUGCGUGUGCCUCCAUGGCUUCGAGGCGGCGGCGGAGGUGAGCCAGGUGGCGGCAUGCAGGCACUUCUUCCACAGAGAGUGCUUGGAGAGGUGGCUGUCUCACCUGUACGCCACCUGCCCCCUCUGCAGAUCCAUGGUGUAGGCAUCGUGUUGCUGCAGCGAUUGCUUCCUCUUUUGCAUUUGGAUCAGCGGUUGUAUUGGAUUAUGUGAUUCGGAGAUGUCGCCAUGGAUGGAUACUGCAGAAUCCAUGCAACCAUGUUGCAGUGUGUUCAUGUAUCAAUUAGAAUCACCAUAAACUAGUAUUAGUACGUAGUUUGUACAUGAGAACAGGGGAUUCUACUACUACUUGUCAUCAAUAUCUAAUUUUGAUUUCCUUGUUUUUACCGAA